CACUGGAUAUCUGCUGGCUCAGAAAAAGUAUAAAUUGGGGUAACUUCCCACCGCAGCAGGACAAUUCCUUCUUCUCAAUUUUUUCGUCGACGCUGACGCAUCCGACAAAAUGGAGGGACAGCAACAACCAGCUCAUUUCCCGAUCAACGACUCGCAUAUCCUAAGUUUCACACACGGAGCAGAAGGUGAAUACUCGGCUACUGAAGCUGCUGCACAAAGAUCACUUGGUUCUCCUCCCUCCACCAUUCCCUUCGAUGAGGAUCUACCUCCGUUGCAACAAUCUAGUGAGCGAUUUUCGCCUGAUGAAGAGUCCAGUGGAGCGGAAGAUCUCCUUAUUCCAGUCAUUGAAAUCAGUGAUGACGAGGAGGAUAGCAGCACACUUCUUUCACAACCAUCACGACAUCACGACCACGACGUCGAAAUACUCGUCAUCCCGAUUAUGCUUACCGAGACUACCAAGCCACAAUGGAUCAUGCGAUCUCGGCAUCGUCUCUGGGUAAUCGAGGAAGAGAAGACUCUGAUGCGCCAAGCUUUCCGUUUAAAAUCAAGCAAUUGA